AUGGCAGAGAGAGGCGCAGGGGAUCGAGGCGGUUUCGGCCGCGGUUUCGGUGGCCGUGGACGCGGCGACCGGGGAGGUCGAGGUGGCCGUGGUGGGCGUCGCGGCGGUCGCCGUGAUUCCGAUGAGAAAGAGUGGGUUCCAGUGACGAAGCUUGGCCGCUUGGUAAGAGACGGGAAAAUCAAAUCCAUCGAGCAAAUUUACCUCCAUUCGCUCCCAAUUAAGGAGUACCAAAUCAUCGAUAUUCUAAUUGGACCCUCAUUGAAAGACGAGGUGAUGAAGAUCAUGCCAGUUCAGAAGCAGACCCGGGCGGGUCAAAGGACCCGGUUCAAGGCGUUCGUGGUUGUUGGAGAUGGUAAUGGGCACGUGGGACUCGGCGUUAAGUGCUCUAAGGAGGUGGCCACAGCCAUACGUGGUUCGAUCAUUUUGGCUAAGCUGUCUGUGAUUCCAGUCAGGAGAGGGUACUGGGGGAACAAGAUUGGCAAGCCACACACAGUCCCCUGUAAGGUCACCGGGAAAUGUGGGUCCGUCACAGUGCGAAUGGUUCCUGCACCCCGUGGAGCCGGAAUUGUGGCGGCCCGGGUCCCAAAGAAGGUGCUCCAGUUUGCUGGAAUUGAAGAUGUCUUUACCUCUUCCCGUGGAUCUACGAAGACUCUUGGAAACUUUGUUAAGGCAACUUUUGAUUGUCUGCUGAAGACUUAUGGCUUCCUUACUCCGGACUUAUGGAGGGAGACUCGCUUCUCGAAAUCUCCUUUCCAAGAGUAUACAGAUCUUUUGGCAAAGCCCACUACAAAGGUUGUACAUGUGGUGGAGGAUGCAGAGGCGGCCUAA